AUGGAUACCAUGGGUUCUGAGGAAUCAUCCAAAGUGAUUUCUGAUUUCCUGAGGGGCUGGAAUGAAUCCAUCCACUACUAUCAUAAUUUCGCUAAGGCGGUGGCUGACAAGUGCAGAAGAGCUCUGGAAUCUCGGGGUAUUGAGGCCGAAGUAACGUACCGAGCUAAGAAGGAAAAGAGUCUGGCCAACAAACUCAAUCAGAGGUCUAAGCCCAACCCCUAUAUUUAUAAAGAUAGGGAAGCAAUUCUGCAUGACAUUCAAGACCUCGCUGGCGUUCGGAUUGUUGUGAAAACGUUGACAGAUCAAAUCGCCGUUCAUUCCAUUCUCUAUAGGGAGGUAAAUAUUGAGAAAUACGCCCCAAAACAGGAUACUCCGACGACUGCGACGAGUCUCUUCUCACGAAAACACAAUUGGUACUCUGCAAAUCAUUAUGUCGCUCGUCGGAGGAAGGAAGACUUGGAAUUGCAAUCGUUCGGGGAGUACACACGAGUUGAAAUCCAGGUGCCAUUAGCAUUUCAACAUGCCUUCGCUAAGCUGGAGCAUGAUAUUGUCUACAAAGGGCGUUCAGGUUCGGUCACACUCAAACAACUCCAACUGCUCGAUAAUCUUAGCGGAUUGGUGGGCGUUACCACUGAUCUUGCCGAUCUUGCCAUAAAUGAAAGUGAUCAAAAGGAAGAACUUGAUUGCGGUUCCUUUGAGAAUUUCCAUCAACUAGGCGUUUGCUUGUCCAGGUUGGUUAAACAAUACCACCAUCAAGAAGCAGACAUUGGCCCUUUAGAAGGGUUGCAGCGCCUGUUAAAAUUUCGAGGACUCGACAACCCCAUUAGUCUGGGAGAUAUAUAUGAUCACCUGGAAUCAAGUCCUCUCGACAUGAAGGAAGCCACCAUGAGAUCAUAUGGAAAUUACCCACCCCGUGUGUCGGUUCGUGUGAUGGAUUAUAUCGUCUUUUCCAUUGGGUCCACUCCACAUGAAUCUGAUAUUGACCGGUUCUCGGGCAGGGAGAUAUUAGCUGUCAUUGUCAGCACCUUCAUCUGGUUAAAUGAACUCUUUACCCCCCAUAUCGCGUGGCUAUCUAAGCUGCUUUCCAGGAGCUACAGAUAUGAAGAUGGAGUCAGACAUCAUGAUCUCACAUGGCUCAGCAAGACUAGACUGGAGGAAUUGCGAGAUUCCGAGAUGAUUGGUGUUGAAGAUGAGGAACGACUGCGUAGGAUUGCUCGUUGGUUCAGUCACCAUACAGAACGGCCGGUCAAGCUUGCCUUCAGCAUUUCUAGCUUGGAUUCUUCUUUCUGGCGAGAUCUCGAUAACGAAUGGCAUCUCUAUGUCCAAGCGAUUUCCGUAAUGAGGAUCCUCAAAAUGGAUGCUGUGCUUCGAACGUGA